AUGUUUCGAUACAAUAACCCCAAUGCCCUCCCCACUUGUGGCAUCUACAUCAUGGUCGACAAUGAUAUCAAGUUUCUCCCCAUCGUGUCUCUUGAUGUUCACACUUCCAUUGUUGCCUCAACCUCUCGGACUGUCUUGACCCAGACGUUCGUCACCACAGGUACCUCCCUCAAGAAUGUGAAAUAUGUCUUCCCCCUCUAUGAUGGCGUCUCUGUCGUGGGGUUUGAAUGCACCAUUGGGUCGCGCGUGAUCAAGGGUGUUGUGAAGGAGAGAGAAGAAGCCAAGCAGGAAUACCAGGCUGCUGUAGCAAGUGGCAAAAUCGCGGGCUUGCUCGAGCAGUCUUUGGAGGCAUCCGAUGUCUUCAGCACCUCGCUCGGUAAUAUCCCCAGCCGCGCUAAGAGUGUCAAGGUUGAGAUUACAUAUCUGGGAGAGCUGAAGCAUGAUGCUCAGGUGGAUGGACUGCGCUUCACCAUUCCCACCAAGUUGGCUCCGCGAUAUGGACAGCAUUCCAUGACUGGUAGCAACACUUUCCAAGGUGGAAAACACAUCACCAUUACGGUUGAUACUGAUAUGUCUAGUGGUUCGGCCAUCAAGAGCAUUCAGUCGCCGUCUCAUCCGAUCUCUGUCAAUAUCGGCACCCUUUCCACCGCAACAUCUGACACACCGUCUUUACAGAAAGCCCAUGCGACUCUGUCCCAAGGAUCAGCAGAGCUAGACAGGGAUUUCAUCAUCCAGAUUGUCGCCACCGAUCUUGGUGAUCCAAUUGCGGUCUUGGAAACGCACCCUACGAUUCCAAACCAGCGGGCUUUAAUGGCGACGCUUGUCCCUAGGUUCAACCUACCCAUGGAAAUGACUGAAGUUGUCUUUCUGUGUGAUAGAAGCGGAAGCAUGGGAGGUGGACAAAAGAUUCCCAACGUUGUUGAUGCUUUGAAGAUUUUUCUAAAGUCUAUGCCUGUUGGAAUCAAGUUCAACAUUUGCAGCUUUGGAUCUCACUAUGAAUUCCUAUGGGAGCGUUCCAUGACAUACGAAGAAGGGUCAUUGGAAACAGCCAUGAACCAUGUCAGUGGGUUCUCAGCCAACUUCGGCGGUACAGAAAUGUACCGGCCGAUGGAAGAUGUAUUCAAGCGACGGUACAAAGAUUUGAACCUCGAAGUGAUUUUGCUCACUGACGGAGAGAUUUGGAGUCAGGAAGCCUUGUUCAACCUCAUCAACACCCAAGUGUCUGAAAGUAAAGGUGCUGUUCGAGUCUUCACACUGGGCGUGGGAACAGAUGUCAGCCAUGCCCUGAUUGAAGGUGUCGCUCGCGCAGGCAAUGGCUUUGCUCAGACGGUGGGAGAAAACGAAAAGAUGGACAGGAUGUUGAUCCGAAUGUUAAAGGGGGCUCUGACUCCUCACGUUACAGAUUACACGCUUGAAAUCAAGUAUGAAAAUAAUGAUGCCUCGGCAGAAGAGAAUGAUGACGACUUUGAAGUUAUCGAAAGGGUCAUGGACGCGAUGACCUUGGAAGUACCCUCCUCGGGACAGGCGGAAGAAAGUGGCACUCAACAAUCCCAGCAACCUAUCUCUCUGUUCGACCAGAGUGUUCAAGACACCGACUUGGAGAUGUCUGGUACCUCUAAUUCGGUCAAGGCGAAACUUCCACCCUUGACUGUUCCUCGAUAUCUCCAAGCCCCAUUUCAAAUCCCCCCUCUUUUCCCAUUCAAUCGCACGAGUGUCUAUGUCUUACUCUCAGAUUCGACACCAAAUUGUCAGCCUAAGAGUGUUAUACUCAAGGGCACCUCUCUCCAUGGUCCACUGUCAUUGGAAAUUCCCAUUGCGACUCUCACGGAGAAAGGUACUACCAUUCACCAGUUGGCAGCACGAAAGGCCACCAGAGAGCUCGAAGACGGUCGCGGUUGGAUAUUCCACGUCAAGAAUCAGGAUGGCAAGCUGUUGCAAGAGCAGUUUGACGGCCAAUUCAGCGACAUGGUAAAGAGAGAGGCGGUCCGUCUGGGUACGCAGUAUCAAGUCAGCGGCAAGUGGUGCUCAUUCGUUGCCAUCCAGGAUACUGAUAGCAAUGCCCGCACGGGAGAAGAAGGCGAGGAGAAUAACGAUGAUGGCGACGAAGAAGAUGACGACGGAGAUGAAGAGACGGACGACUUUGAGGAGCUCUCGUUUGGUGGAAUCGCAGUUCCGGGAGCCCCGGGAGUCCCUGCUCAGAAAAAGAAAGCUCGCCGGGGUCCUCUCCAGACUGCGCGCAAGUCUACUGGUGGUAAGGCUCCGCGUAAACAACUUGCCUCAAAGGCUGCCCGAAAGUCCGCACCGUCUUCUGCUGCUCGUGGUAAACUUCUCGGAAAGGGUGCCGUCAAACGGCAAAGAGUUGCCUCUUCACAGGCUCAGGGGCAACCUCCAAUGGUUCAGCAGGCUCCUAUUCAACGAACUCGGCAGCAAACGGCACAGCUACAAAUGAUACAGCAGCAACAACAACAACAACAAAUGGCACAGCGACAACAGAUGAUGGCACAGGGGAUGAUGGUGGGGGGGAGGCCACCGCUGACUGCAGCACAGAUGUCGUAUAGUAGUAUCGGUUCCCAAAACCGAAUGUCACGGCAGACGCCGCAACAGGAGAUGGAGCAACAUAAUCAGUACCAGGCGCAGCAGCAGGCGCUGAUGCAGGCGCGGAUGCAGGAGUGGGCACAAAGUCAAGCAGGGGCUGGAGGGCUUCCACAGAGCACAACGCGCUCUGGCCGUCCAUUUGGCUUAUCCGCGACUGCUAUGGGAGGCGGUUUUGGUGCUAGUUCUUCCGGUGGUUUGUUUGGUAGUUCCAGUAGCCCUUCCUCUUCUGGUGGCUUGUUCGGUUCUGCGAACAGUUCUGCUUUUGCGCAACAACCGACGAGUGGAGGCCCCUUUGACCUCGACAACAGCGAAAUCGAUGUGCUGUCAACGUUGUCUGCUUUGCAAACUUUUUCUGGCAAUUGGAUGUGGAACUCCAGUCUCGAAGCCAUUUUAGGAGUUGACGCAUUGUCUGCAACUGUGAAGAUUCAGUUACCUGGUUGGUAUAACCAACAUAUGGAUGUGUUGGCAACGCUUUGUGCAGUGGUGUUCUUGAAGAAGAAACUGGCGUCUGAAAAGGACUCUUGGGAGCUGCUUGUGCAAAAAGCAGAGGAUUGGCUGAGGGUCAAGACAGGUGUAGACGUGCUGGCGUUAGAGAAGGAGGUGGAGGAAAAGUUAUGGCCAAACUGA